CCCAUCUAAACAACUCUCCCUACCAUACAAAACACACUACUCUUCGAGUUAAAUAAAAGAGUGUCUCCUCUCUUCCCUCUCAAAUGGCACCGGCUUCUUUCCAUCACAUCACAAACACAGUUUGUGUGAUGGACGCUUCAGGCAGCCUUGGGUUUAGCUUGGUUGAAAGGCUCCUCCAAAGAGGCUACACUGUUCAUGCUGCGGUUCAAAACCAUGACUGUGAGUUGCAAUUCGGCGGCCUAUCUUGUGAUAAGAAGAAGCUGAAGGUUCUGUAUGCAGAUCCUUUUGACUAUAAGAGCAUAAUUGAUGCAUUAAGAGGCUGUUGUGGUGUGUUCUACAACUUUGAGCCUCCACAGGAUCAAUCCUCCUAUGAUGAAUUCAUGACAGAAGUGGAGGUCAGAGCAGCUCACAAUGUGCUAGAAGCGUGCGCACAAACUGAAACAAUUGACAAGGUCGUAUUCACGUCCUCAGCAACUGCUGUUAUUUGGAGAGAUGAUCGCAAGUCCAUAACAGCGGACUUUGAUGAGAGACACUGGAGUGACAUCAAUUUCUGUCGUAAAUUCAAGUUGUGGCAUGCUCUGUCAAAAACUCUAGCAGAGAAGACAGCGUGGGCAGUGGCAAUGGACAGGGGAGUGAAUAUGGUAUCUGUUAACGCAGGGUUGGUGAUGAGUCCUGAUCUUUCCAUCAAAAACCCAUAUUUGAAAGGAGCAGCAGAAAUGUAUGAAGAUGGGGUUUUUGUGACUGUUGGCUUGAACUUCUUGGUGGAUGCCCACGUUUGCAUCUAUGAAGAUGUGUCAUCAUAUGGGCGCUAUCUGUGCUUCAAUCAUGUUGUUAAUCGGCAUGAAGAUGCUGUUAAGCUUGCUUCUAUGUUAACUCCUUCCGCACCUUCACACCCUCAAAGCUUUGACCAAGAUUUGAGAAUUAUACAGCAAAGGAUAAGCAGCAAGAAAUUGAACAAAUUGACGGUUGAUUUUGAGAGUAGACCCCAGCUAGAGAAUUGAUGGAAACCUGUCUGAAAUUGUUGAUUGGUGAUAGAGGCACGCUAGCUGAUCAUCACACUUGCAGAAGUAUUAAAUGUUGUACUGACGUGUUUGCUUCAUGGUCAUGUAACUGUACCAUGCAUUCUUAAGUCACGUGAUCAUGGCUAGGAGGAGCGGGUAAAAAUCAACUGUGAUAAGAAGAAGAUGUACAUCAUCAAGCUGUUAAUAAAAGGCAAUGGAUUUGAUUUCUGCA